AUGCAGGAACUUCCGCUGGACAGCUGUGCGAAGGACAAGAACGCUGGAGUGCACGGUGUGGGCUUCGAUCAGGAUAGUGAUGUUCGGCAAGUGGCAGGAAGAAACUAUGAUCCCCAGAACGAUCAGAAGGAUAUGAGACGUCUGGGGAAGAAGCAGGAGCUCAAACGUCGAUUCAGAUUCUUCUCGAUCGUUGGAUUUGUGGUCGUUCUUGGUCUCACUUGGGAAUUCUCCCUGACAACCCUGGUCUUCUCGCUUUCGAAUGGUGGCACUGCCGGCUCGAUAUGGCUUGUCCUCGUGGUCUGCUUUGGAAUGUUCUUCGUCAUGCUGUCGAUGGCUGAGUGCGCGUCGAUGGCGCCGACGUCUGGUGGUCAGUAUCAUUGGGUCUCCGAAUUCGCUCCUGCGCAUCUACAACGGCCUCUGAGUUAUGCCGUCGGAUGGCUCUGUGCUUUAGGAUGGCAAUGUUCUAUGCCGACAGUCGCAUACGUGGGAGCCCAGCAAGUGCUUGCUCUUAUCGCCGUCUGUGAUUCGAGCUAUGUCAUCCAGGGUUGGCACGGCGCGCUCAUGACCAUGGCCUUCGCACUCGCCUCAAUCUCGUUCAACACAUUCGCCAUCGGAAAGCUACCGAUUCUUGAAGGAUUGGCUGUCGCCCUACACGUCUUUGGAUUCGUUGCAUUCAUGGUGAUUAUGUGGGUUAUGGGACCAAGAGCAAACGCCGAAGUCACCUUCACCAACUUCAGAGAUGACAAUGAUUGGGGAAACCUUGGUCUGGCAACUCUGGUCGGAAUCGUGGGACCGGCGACUACGUAUCUCGGUGCUGAUUCUGCUGUCCAUCUUGCUGAGGAGCUCAAGGACGCCAGCUGUGUCUUGCCGCGAGCAAUGUUCUCUGCUGCGAUCAUCAACUACAUCACCGGAUUCGUCACCACCGUGACAUUCAUGUUCAACCUAGAUAACCUCGAGGACAUCCUAGUGUCUUCCACUGGACAGCCAUGGGUUGCAGUCAUGUACAACAUUACUGGAUCCAAGGCAGCUACCAUCGUCCUGGUUAUCAUCAUGACGGUGAUGUACUUCUUCUGUGGUGUCAACCAAGUCACGACCAGCUCUCGUCAGGUGUUCGCAUUUGCACGAGACAAGGGACUGCCUUUCCACCGAUUUCUGUCCAAGGUUCGACCUGACAGUGGUGUCCCUGCUAACUCGGUGUACGUUACUCUGGUAUUCACCUGCCUGGUCGCUCUGAUCAUCAUCGGCUCUGUCACGGCUUUCAACAUCAUUUUGUCGGUCUCCGCCACCGGUCUUUUCACCAGCUACAUCAUCGUCAUCUCGACAGUACUGGCAAAGCGCUUCCGCGGCGAGAAAUUUCCGGCCUCGCAAUUCAAUCUGGGCAAGUUCGGCUAUGUCGCCAACAUAAUCGGUAUCUGCUUCUUGGCUGUAGCAUGGCUGUUCCUGUUUUUCCCACCACUUCCACACCCAGAUCCUGCCACCAUGAACUGGGCUGUGCUGGUAUAUGGCGUUGUGAUCAUCUUUGCAUUGGUAUACUAUCUCAUUCACGGUCGACAUGAGUAUGACGGACCUGUCGAAUACGCCAUUGCACCGGACGACGAUGAAGAGCCGGAGGACAUCUUUGCGAGCGCCCCGGGACUCAUCUUCCCGGACGACACGCGGGAUAUGCAUGGCGACGAUCGGAGCGUGCUUGUCUACAAGAGCCAGCGCUUUGGGGACAUCGAGUUGAGAACCGCAAACCCGGAGCAAGAGGCGGAUCGGCAGCUCUUUGCGCAUUAUCUGUGGAAUGCGGGCAUCAAAAUGGCUGAGCUGAUCAGCAAUGAACCUGACGCCAGGUGGACUGUCAAGGGCGAGCGAGUCCUCGAAUUAGGUGCAGGUGGGAUAGCAUGCUUUCGAAAAGAAUAUGCUAGAGUUCUAGCAAUUGCGGGUUUCCAUACUGGCCGUCUAAAGCUGGCAAACUUCUUCGAUGUAGCCGUCUCCCAGGGUCUGGAGGUAGAAGAGAUAUAUGAGGAAGAUGUUAACGGCAGCCGGAGAGAGUGGGUUAGGGAACGCGACGGUGGUAGAGAAGAUCCCACUGCUCGCAAGAAAUGGCUUGUCAUUGCGUUGCUCAAGCGAAGGCAACCAUGA